AUGCCUCAAAAAAUAGCGAGACGGGGAAAAGGUCCAAGGGAUCAAGCUCACAGGGAAGAAAAUGUUGUGGAGCCUCCAUCAAAGUUAUUGUCAUCAAUACUCAAGACACUAAAUUUGACGUUCGAGCGUGACAUUGGGAUGCUGAAUGGGAAAAACGUUAGAAACAUUUUGAACAAAUCUGCUUUACUUGAUUUGCAGAGUCAAUUGGAAAGAUUGCGGUCUUCUGUGGAGGCCAUUGCCAACAGUGAUCAACAAACAAUUGAGACGCUUAGAAAAAUACGGGAUGGACAAAGAGAUUUAGCUCAGAAAGAGGAAAAAUCAAAUGCGAAAGAGGAAAACAAUGAUGUGGUACCGCAUUACUUGAGUCAAAAAAAUUCAAUUGCGGAUACAAGUGAGUCUAACGCAACUCCUGUGGCGGCUGCCAAUGAUACGAAUACAAAGGAUGAACAAGAACAUCUUGCGCCAUCUUCAAAUGAUGAAGGUGAGUCUAAAGACCAACCUCCAAUAUCUAAGAGGAAGAGGAGAAGUUUUCAUAACGAUGAAGAUGAAGAUGAUAUUUUUGAUGAAGUAAAUGACGUGAAGGAAAAUACUGAGGAAAUUACAACCAAAAAGAAGCUAAAAACAGAUUCGCAAGAUGGAGCAGAUAUAGAUAAGAUGGAAAAUGAUCCUUCUGUAAAAAAUCCAAAAUCUGAAUUUGUUGUUUCACAGACGUUGCCCUUGGCGGCCGCUGCGUUGGGACUUUUCAAUGAGAAGGGCCUGAAAAAUACCGGAGAAGAUUAUUUGAAGAAAAAAUACGAUGUUGCAAGUUACCCAACGGAUAACUUGAAGGAUUUGCUGCCUGGCGAACCGCCUGAUAUGGAUUUUUCACAUCCGAAACCUACAAACCAAAUUCAGUUUAAUACUUUCCUAUCGUCUGUUGAGAGUAUAUUUCGUGAACUAAAUGAUGAUGAUAUCAAAUUUUUGAAGAAUAAGUAUAUUAUGCCCUUAAACUUACAAGUUGACAAGACUUACGACCCAGAAAUCACUCCAUAUAUCGUACCCAAAUUGGGCCCUCUAUAUGCUGAGACAUGGUUAAAAGAAGACAACCAUCAAAAUAUGGCAAACAUUUCCCCUCCUCCUUUGAAUGAUCCCACAAGUAUAUUGCCAAGAAAAAAUGCCUCUGAGAUUAAUGACGCCACAUUAGAGACUGAAGAUAUAUCUUGCGGGCCGUUCGUAUCAAGAUUGCUAUCAGCAAUAAUGCGUGAUGAGGGCAAACCCGAGAGGAAUAGUGAUAAUGGCAAUAACGGAAGUAAUGGUGACCAUUCAGUUGAAGUCAAGGAGGAAAAUGCACAGUCAUUACCAAAGAAUCCUGCUCCCGAUGACGCAGCCAUCCACGACACAAGUGUUAGUGUAGAGACUGCUAAUACACCAAUGAGUGAGAUUGAUGAACCUUCAAAAAACUUGUACAGAGGAACCACAAGCAGUUUACCAAAUCCGCAAUUAUGGAAAUUCAACAGUGUCAAUAUCGAUUAUCCAACUUUUGAGGAAAGACUGAAAAGGGAAUUGAAAUUUGUUGGGAUAUAUAUAAAUUUGCCGAAGGAUGAAAACAACCCAAACGGAGAUGAUCCAGAUUGGUUGACUGGCAGAGAAGAUGACGAGAUCAGUGCAGAACUUAGAGAACUGCAGAACUCCCUAAAACAGGUCACUACAAAAAAUCAAAAGAGAAAAGCUGCUCUUGUAUCACUGGUAGAGAGACGACUGGCAUGGCAGGAGUAUUCAUCGAUUUUAGAUGAUUUAGAUAAGCAAGUAGAUCAAGCGUACAUUAAAAGAAUCCGGGUACCCAAGAAGAGAAAGAAGCAUCAUACAUCUGGUUCAUCGAUGGUCGUGAAUAGUACAUCGUCUCAAGCAGCUCAGCAGAAGGCCGCUAAUUCCAGCUUAAAAGCAUUAUUGGACAAAAGACAAAGAUGGAUCAGUAAGAUAGGUCCUCUUUUCGAUAGACCAGAAAUAAUGAAGCGUAUGCCAAAGGAAAGCGUAUUCAAAGAUAUCGACCAAGAGGAAGAAGAAGAAGAAACAGACGUUUUCGGCCAAAACGGAAAUGGGGAAAAGGACGAAUUGACGGACACCUGA